AUGGCGGAGGAAAUCAGAGAUGCAUCCCGGGUGCUCCCCAUGGGCAUGCUCUGGACACUGAUCCUCAAUGGGUCUACUGGAUUUGUCAUGAUAGUCACAUUUGCGUUCUGCGUGGGCGACAUUGAUGAAAUGCUCGGGUCUGAAACAGGCUUUCCCUUCAUUCAGGUCUUUCUCAACGCUACGGAAUCAGUCAGCGCCACGACUGGCAUGACAGUGGUGAUUAUGAUCAUGCAAUUUUGCGCGGCAAUCAGCAAUGUUGCCACAACCUCCCGUCAAAUCUACUCUUUUGCCCGAGACAAGGGUCUUCCUUUUUCGGAUUUCUUGGCAAAGGUGAGUCUUCGACACGACCCCAUCUAUUGCUUGGACUAA